CUUGACUCUCCCCUCCCUGCCCUCACUCUCUCGCUCGCCCUCAGCGCGGCCCCCGCCAUGACGGAGGCGGGUGCCGGUGCCGUUGCCGCCGCUGCCGUCGCAGGGGGGGAGUCGGGUUCCCAGAAAGUAGCUUGAUGAGUGUCCAAAGUAGCAGUGGAAGUUUGGAGGGGCCGCCAUCUUGGUCCCAGCUCUCCACGUCUCCAACCCCGAGCUCGGCGGCGGCGGCCAGGUCCCUGCUGAAUCACACGCCGCCAUCCGGGAGGCCCAGGGAAGGUGCAAUGGAUGAGCUUCAUAGUCUGGAUCCAAGAAGGCAAGAGUUAUUGGAAGCUAGAUUUACUGGAGUUGCAAGUGGAAGCACUGGGAGCACUGGCAGUUGCAGUGUUGGUGCUAAA